AUGCCGCCGCCCUUUGCUGGGACAAUGCAAAAGUCAGCCGGACCUCGCCCUCAGCCGCAGGGGAAGUCGAAAGGAGUGAAGAGAAGUUUCGCAUCGCUCCGGGAGCGGUUCUCUGUGAGAAAGCGAUCUCGCUCAGACUUCUCGUCCUCCUCAUCGCGCCGACUACAAAUAUCGGCCCCCAGCAACUUCCGCCAUCUGCAUUCAGAGUCCUUUCAGUUCCCCCAGUACUCGAACCUCCAGCACGUCGGCCGCACUCCGCCACCGCGUCCCAUGCCGCGACCUCGCCCUUCUUCUUUCAGACCGCUGGAGCUCAGCAUAUACGUGCACAAGAGGGAACUCUCGCCGAUUCUGCCGCACUUUGACAUGAUUACGCCGCCGCGGCCUGCUGCUCAGGUCCAUGUCCGGCCGAAUUCCGACGACGAUGUAUUCGGACCCUCGCAUGAGCCCAACUAUUCCCCCAUGUCGUUCCAUCUGCCCCGGAAAAUGUCAGCAUCGCCAUCCACCCUUGCUACCAUGGCCAGCGAUACACCGCCCAAAAUUCCGCCAAAGUCAAGGGCCCGGUCUCAGAUGUCAUCCAGUGCGAGCGCAGAGAGGAUGAAGGAGCGGAUUGCCGGCGCCAUGCUUGAGGUCGACAAGCUCCAGCGCGAAAUCGAGCUAGUCAUGGAGCGUCAGAGCAUCUACGCCAGCAGCCGGCCUUCGACUGCCCAUUCGAUGGCACUGACAGCGCACGACCUGGAACUCAUCCCCACGGUCCCCGCCCUCCCGCCAUCUGCACCCUCUUUCGCCGAGCGCCUCAACCCCGGGGCCGAGCGCCCUCACACAGCACCACCCCGGCCGCCGGUGCACAUUCCCCACCGCGGCAUGGCCUUCGCCGACGCAUCGGCUGCCUUCAUCACCCCACCCCCGAGCCGCGGCAGGGAAAGCAGCCGGCCGCCGCCGCCCCCUCCACUACCCCUCGUCCUAAGGCCCCCCCUCCGCAAGAAGAAAUCAUUCUCCCGGGUAUCCAGCUGGCUUUUCCCCGGCGGCAAUGCAGCAGAGCAGCACAAUAACAACUACCACGGGCGGAGCAUCAGCCACGAUUCCAUCACUAAUUUUCCCCGCCCCGUCAAGGGCCGCGAGGGCUUCUACCAAUGUGUCCAUGCGCCGCGGGACAGGCGCACGAGCGUGGAUUCGGCGUCGACUGUGUCGACGUGGGAGGAGUCGGACGACGACACGGGAGGAGGCCAGACGGUCCCAACGACGUGGUCGCCAGGCAGCACUCUCGCCACUAGAGCGGAGGAGCAGCAACCGCCUCUGGAGCGCGUCACCACCUUUGGGAAGGAAAAAGAUGCCGGUGGUCCUAGAAGGACCGGUUUCGCGGCGAUGUUUUGA